CCUUCGCGCGGCUGAGGGGGGGCCUGUCAGAACGGCCUGGCAGGGCGGGGGGCGGGGCGGUUGCUAGGGGCACGUUACGUGCCCCAGGGAACCCCCGCCUCCCCGCGGGGCAUUGUGGAAGCGGCCGCCGGGCUGAGGCGAGCGACCUGGAUUUAAAGGGACCGGCCCGGCUGCGCUGAGGGGACGGUCGGAGCCAGCGGGCCCCGCCGAGUGUAGGGGCGGGCAUAUAGGUGAAGGACUAUGUCCACAAUGGUGUACCCAAGGGAGGAGAAGCUGGACAAGCUGAGCCAGGAGGAGAUCAUUUGCAACACCAAGCUCGUGAUGCAAGGGCUGGAGGCCCUCAAGAACGAGCACAACUCCAUCCUGCACAGCCUGCUGGAGACCAUCAAGUGUCUGAAGAAGGAUGAGGAGGCCAACCUGGUGCAUGAGAAAUCCAAUCUGCUCCGCAAGUCGGUGGAGAUGAUUGAGCUGGGGCUUGGGGAGGCUCAGGUGAUGAUGGCUCUGUCCAGCCACCUGAAUGCAGUGGAGUCAGAGAAGCAGAAGCUGCGCGCCCAGGUGCGGCGACUGUGCCAGGAGAACCAGUGGCUGCGAGACGAGCUGGCCAACACCCAGCAGAAGCUGCAGCGCAGUGAGCAGACAGUGGCCCAGCUGGAGGAGGAGAAGAAGCACCUGGAGUUCAUGAACCAGCUGAAGAAAUACGAUGAGGACGUCUCACCGUCGGAGGAGAAGGAAGGGGACUCCACAAAGGACUCUCUGGAUGAUCUGUUCCCGAACGAAGAAGAGGAACACGGCCCAGGAAUGCCCCACCAGCACAGCAGUGCGGCGGCAGCUGCCCAGCAGGGUGGCUAUGAGAUCCCAGCACGCCUGCGCACCCUCCACAACCUGGUGAUCCAGUACGCCUCGCAGGGGCGCUACGAGGUAGCUGUGCCACUCUGCAAGCAGGCACUGGAGGACCUGGAGAAGACAUCAGGCCACGACCACCCCGAUGUGGCCACCAUGCUCAACAUCCUGGCACUGGUGUACAGGGAUCAGAAUAAAUACAAAGAGGCAGCCCAUCUGCUGAACGACGCACUCUCCAUUCGCGAGAAGACACUGGGGAAAGACCACCCUGCAGUGGCCGCGACCCUCAACAAUCUCGCUGUUCUUUAUGGCAAGAGAGGAAAGUACAAGGAGGCAGAGCCGCUGUGCAAGCGAGCCCUGGAGAUCCGCGAGAAGGUUCUAGGCAAAGACCAUCCAGACGUGGCCAAGCAGCUGAACAACCUGGCCCUGCUGUGCCAGAACCAGGGCAAAUACGAGGAGGUGGAGUACUACUACCGCCGAGCGCUGGAGAUCUACGAGAGCCGCCUGGGCCACGACGACCCCAAUGUGGCCAAGACCAAGAACAACUUGGCCUCCUGCUACCUGAAGCAAGGCAAAUACAAGGAUGCUGAGGUGCUGUACAAGGAGAUCCUCACCCGCGCCCACGUGAAGGAGUUUGGCUCUGUGGAUGAUGAGCACAAGCCGAUCUGGAUGCACGCGGAGGAGAGGGAGGAGAUGAGCAAGUGCUCUCCCUAGGACACGCUGGACAGCGGAAGAUGGCAGAAUGACAGCGUGUUUCUGUGCCAGAGACUUAGCUUCCAGCCCCAAAGGGCCUCGAAAAUCCAGCUCACUCCUGGGUUAGCCCAUAAGGCUGAUCAGGAGACAGGGAACCUGAGAGGAGAGGCAGACAGGCCUGGGAAGAGGCUGCAGUCUGCUGCCUCCAUCAUCUCCCCAGAGAACCUUCUGCCGUGUGCUGCUGGAGCCAGAAUGGGACCUAGAGUUCUCCCCAGCACCCUGGUCCUUCCAGCCCAGCUCUGAGUGAGGGCAACGCAAACCUUGCCGGCAUCUAGAGCCCCAGAGAGCACAGGGCCUUCCUCGGGAGCCAGGCUGCCUUCCUCAGAGCAGCAGCCCUGGCUCCCUGGCAAAUGGGAAUUGACCCCGGCAGUUGUGAGAGAGGCAGGUGCACUGCUGAGAUGGACUGAGCUAAACAGACGUACGGAGCAGGUGUCCCUUCUUAUGCAGCAGGCAAGACGCAGGAGCCCCAGCACACCUCCCUUACCCCCUCUGUGCAAAUGCAGCAGGGAGGCCUCUCGCCUGUGUGCACAGACCCUGUACCGGGAGCCAGUAGUCAGGAUUGGCAGAGUCGUCAUCUAGGUGGCCAGGCUGGAGUUUGAGGGCUUGAGUAACAAACUCUAAAUGCUGCAGGUGCUGGGCCCCUCUGAGAUCCCACCCUGUGUCUGGAAGCUGUCCCAGCUUCUAUCCUGCACAGCGCAAUCUAGUCUAGAGCCUCUGUGCUCCCCAAGCUGCAGUCUCUUCACCUCCCAGUCUAGUCCCUGUGGGAUGCUGAGGACCCCUUGAGAAGCAGAGCACCAUGUGGGGCAGGACUGCAGAGACUAGCACGCGAGCUGUGAAGAAUCAUGGUGGCCGUGCCAUUGCUGCUCUAAGCUAGUUCGCCCCUUGGGUGCUCUGUGCUGCCUGCACCCACUGCUCCACCUAAGCAGGGUGGUGGCCCGUGGGCCAUGCUGCCAAGAGCCUGCUGGGUUGAUACCAGCAUUUGUUGUAUCGAUGGUCAGUUACAGGUCAGCUGGCUGUGCAGAUAGCCUGGGCUAAACAAGGCCUCUGGGAAAGAGGAGGGAGUGACAUGGCAAUUGUCAAGGCAAGAUUUCUAGCACCCGAUAGCAUUUGCGGGGUCUCCUCCAGUGGGGGUGCCAGUUCUGAGCAGUGGAGGAGGGAGAGCCUUUUUGGCUCCAGCUGGGUUCUGUCGCUGAGGCCUUUUGUGGACGUAGGGUUUGGAGCUAUUGUUGGAGCUUGUUAAUGUCUCCCGAAAGGAGGGCUGGUGCCAACUCUUGCCACUGGUGGCUGUGCUGAAUGUCAGCCUGCCUGUAAGCAGCCUUUGGGAGCUGGGCGAUGGAAAAGGUGGUGGUGGCAUUGCUUGGAGGCCUGCUGCAACUUUUCCAUCCCUGCCCAUCUGUCCGAGCGCUGUGCAGGGCCUCGAGAUGAUCCAGCCAGGGAUGAAGGUCAGUUGACCGUGCUGAGCCCAUGAGGUCUGUUAGUUGCCUUUGAUGCCAUUGCCCAUACAGUUCUGUUGACUCCAUUGUGGCCCCUGACUGGGGUGACUGGGCUUGCUCCUGAGAGCUUCUGCACCUGGCCACCUUGUCACCUAGGCCAAGGCCACUGCUGUGCAGAGCUCCACAGGGUACUGUGGUGUCCCCCCUCCUCUAUGUGCAGGGGAGGUGCAGUGCCACCUGCCCAGAUGGUGCAGGGUCAGUGCUCUCCCAGGGCUGGCUGAGAGCUGGCUGGCUGGAGGCUCACCCAGAGAAGAGAUGCUGCUGGUGGUGUUUAAGGGGCCGAUCUCUAGAGAUUGACAGAUGACAUGUGGCCACCUCUUGUCAGUGGAGCUUGCUGCUCGGCUGCUGUCAGGGUAUGUUGCUACGCAGAGGCCUGCCUGCGCUGCUAGCCUUAGUGUGUGGGGUUGCUGAGUGGAGCGGCUCCGUGUCCUGUGCAUUCCGGGGCUCCAUGGCCAGGUACACGGUGAGCCCUGGCUCAGAGAUGAGGAGCCUGACAGGGUAUGUAAGGGGAUCUGGCGAGCCUGCAGCCCCCUCUCUGUUUGCAUGUGCCAGGAGGCUCCAGGGAAGGCCCUUCCUUUGGGAAGGCAGCUCCCAUGUCCCCCUGCUCUCCAUGGGCCUUAGUGUUGCUCUGACAGAUGGGAGCAGCUCCCUUACCAGGGGGACUUGGAGAGACAGCAGCUCAGGCUAGUAGACCACUCAGGUCUUUAGUCACCAGCAUCCCUGCCGGAGCCCUGAGGGCUCACAUCUGCUACCCACCUCUGGGCCCUGCCUCCCAGGCCUUGUGCAUGCGCCAUCCGCACACAGUCCCAGAGCCGAACUUCUGGCCUGGGGCGUACACCUUUCGCUGCGAGCUAGAGAAAUGAGCUGGCCCCAUGGCUCUCCUGCUGCCGCCACAAGGAGGUUCCACCGGGGUCCCUGAAACUGCCUUGGCCGGUACAGGGCAUGGUGGCUUCUUGCGCCUGUUCUGCCCCUUCCUGCUCCUAGCCCAGAGCAGCUCUGAGCUCCAGCUGGGAAGGAGUGGCUCCAGCACCCGGCUUUCCUGGGAGCUGCAUUUGAGUGGUGUGCUCUCUCCUCGGGGCCAGGACUGGGCCUUCUCUUCCCUAUAUAGGGCUGAGAUACUUUCCAGGAUACUGCUAAGUAUGUGGGGGGGGGGACACCCCUCUGUCUCCUGCUAGUGGAGGUGGCUUCAUGUGUUGGGCAUUCUGCAGUGCAGUGAUGCUGGGGCCAGCCGUCCCGCAGGGCAUACUGUGGCUCCCCUACAAGCUAGCAGCAGUGGGCGGGGGGUAAGGAGAGAGCUGUGUUGUGGCCAGUGGGAGACGUGCAUGCUAGCCUAACCCACAGGUGGUCCCUGUUCCCUUGAGCUGUGCUCUCUUGGUUCUGCUUAGCACUAGCCCAGCCCCUGGCUUGAGGGGUGUUGCUCCCAUUCCCUCCCACGCCUGGAGGCCCUCCCCUGCCAGACCUGGUUGCCUGUCUGUUUUCUCCUAUUAAAAAGCAUCAUACCCAUUUUGA